AGGAAGUCUAAGCACGAAAAAGUGCGAUCUUAGUCUCUAUCUGCUGUACGUAUCCCUGCCGUAACCGAUGCACUUGUGAUGGCAAGAGCAGUACACAGAGAAGCAAAAUGAGAUUCACUUUUGACCUAGGAGAAACAGACUCCGACACUGAAAAUCGUCAAUCUAUAACCCCGCCGUCAAACACCACUCCUAAAGAAGAAUCACAGUGGAUACCUUUGCAAAACCACCCUGUAUUCACCACCGCAGAUGUUGCCGCCCAAACAUUCAAGAGCUUCAAAAUGCCAAAAAACCUUCUGGCAUGGGACGGAGCAUCUAGACUCUACUAUUGGGACCCUUUCAAACGCUGUCUUCACAGAAUCUCCAUUCGGUUGGGUGAGCCAGACUCAAGUGUCAUCCUUGCCUCUUCUCUAUCUAAGGUGUUGCAAGCAGAUGUGCAAAUACAUUUUGAGGUUGACAAGAUUUCUAUUAAUAGAAAUGGGUCAGCCAUAUUCUUAGUUGGCAUAGAGGGUUUGUGCAUCAUGUAUCUUUAUGGUCGGACUUCAACUACCAAAGAGCACACAAUUACUUGCAGGACAGUUUCAGCUGGCUCAGAUAUUUACUUCACCGGAAAAAAAUUCAUACACACAUUACAAAUAUCUUGGCACCCCUACAGUGACACUCAUCUGGGAAUCCUCUCUUCAGAUUCAGUCUUCAGAAUUUUUGACUUAUCCUCAGCACUUGUACAACCCGAACAAGAGUAUUAUCUGCAGCCGAUAGAACGUGGUACGUCUUGUGAUGCUGCUGCUCUCUGUCCUGUAGAUUUUUCUUUUGGAGGUGAUCACCUGUGGGAUAGAUUUAGUGUUUUUGUGCUGUUUAGUGAUGGCUCUAUUUAUGUCCUGUGUCCUGUUGUUCCUUUUGGAAGUGUGUACAAAUGGGAAUCCAUAUUGGAAUUAUACAACGAUGUUCAUGCAUUUGGAUUAAAGUCUACAACUUCAAGAGCAAAUACAAAUUCUAAUUUGGCCAUUACUUGGUUAGAAGCAACAUUUCCCGAAUUAAGACAUGUAGAUGUAAAAAGUGGAAAUCUUAUUGCACUUCAAGCUCAACCUUAUGCUUUAUUUGAUGCCUCAGUUGCAUUGCAGGGACCUCUGUGCAAAUUUUCUAAUAACACAGAAGAUCCUCAAGUUCAAUCAGCUAUAUGUGAAGGAAGAGCUGUCAGCUUUCUUUAUAAUGUAGUCAGCAAAGAUUCAAUUCUUGUAACUGCCUGGAGUGGUGGGCAACUCCAAAUAGAUGCUUUAGCUGAUGAAAUCCAUCCUGUUUGGAAAGUGGGCAGCCCGGCCCGUCUUUGCGUCGAUUCCAAUGAUUGUAUAGUGGGCCUUGCCAUGAUUUCCGAACUGGCACAUGGUGAUGAUCACUCUAUUUUGAAGUCUGAUUUACCACCACUUUUGAGGCUGGCUAUAGUGGAUCUAUGUCUACCUAAAAAAACCGGUUAUACGAUAUCGAUGUGUGUUGAUCCUCUCAGGUCAGAAAGAAUAUAUUGUGCCCAUACUGGUGGGGUAGAUUCGGUAGUGUUGCAUUUCCUUCCGUUCACAAACCAGAAUAUUGACAAGGAAGAAUUUAUGAAAAGCCCGUCUGUUCAUUCCGUUCUCAUUACUUGCCAGGGAGAAUCAUCGCUCCCUUCCCCAUUAUGCGCUUUCUUAGCUUUGUCAGACCCGUUUGGAGACUCUUGGAUUGUGGGGAUUACUUGUAAUUUCCAGUGCAUUGUAUUGGAGGCGGAAACGUGGAAUGCAAUGCCUCAUGUUGUUGAUGAGGUGUGGGGACCCACUGGACCAGGACUGUCGAAAGACACGAAUGGCCAAACUAUUUUAAGUAGAGAACUCUUUACUGGGCCUAAGCUUGUUCUUUUGCCGCCUUCUCCAGAAGAUCUACAUUGUGUUACAUCAGAUUCAAUUGAAGGCCGGGCUACACUGCAUCAGUACUUCAAGCGUUUCCAUGAAAAUUAUGUGGAAUAUGCUCACAAGGUGCACUUUGAACUCCAGCAUCAUGCACCUCACUUGAAGAAGAUAAUUGAUGAGCAGCAUUCUCGAUAUCAAAAAUCACAACAGAAGCUUGUGAAAGUUGAAAAGAAUCAGGAAAUAUUAGAGAACCGUUUUGAGCAUGCAGUUCAGCGUCAUGCUGCCAUAGUAGAAAAAUUGCAGAGGCUGAGAUCUUUGCCAGUAGCACACAAGCGAUCACUAUCAAGAGCUGAGCAAGUGUUCAAGUCAGAAAUUGAGAAAAUGCAGGGCAUUGAGUUGGAUGUGUUGCGCUCGUCCAUUGAAACGCUAAAUGCGAGGUUGAUACGGUACAAGCAUUCAAUUGAGCAAAACCAAGUCAACGAGAAGAGAGAAACAUCAAGCUGGAUGAAAAGUCGUCACGUCUUAGAUAAUCAAAUGUCACAGCUGAAAGCCUCACUUGAAAAGCUCUCCCUCGCCAACAGUGAAAACACCAAAAAAGUUAAACUCGUUGAGUCGGCACUAAGAACACUAAAAGUAUGAGUGCUUCGUGAAAUUAUUACUACCCCAUAGUUCAACGUCAAGAACGCUGUACCAGCCACAUGUGAAUUGCCAUUUGUGUAGGGAUUUUUCAGUCUCUUAUUGCUUCGGCAUUUUUCAGUCUCUUAUUGCUUCGGUUUCACGUUUUUUAAUGUAGGGUUGGCUACAUGUGCACUUUGGGGUGCUUUAAAUUUGCUUCUUUUGUGUGUUCCAUUAAAAUGCAUUAAGAAGUA